UGCCAUAUGUAUACUCUGCUAGAAAUUAUUACAUGCAUUUAUUUUGGCCAAAGCCUCAUUUACCAAAAAACGGGGAGUUUUGUUGAUUACCAGAUGACGUCCAUUACCUUCUGAUGACAGGCGAGGUUGCGCAUAACCAGGUAAGGUAGGGAAAUCGUCACCAAUUUACACGGACGAAUCAGCGCCUGCGAAUUUGGCAGUAUUUUUAGUAAGCUGUCCCUUCAGCUAAGCGUUAUUCUACCCUAAGGUUCUCAUCAGACAACAUGAUACUAACAGCUGUUUUUGGAUUUCUACUUGUAACAGUGGCCAACGCAUUACCACAAUAUAGGGAUCGUAUUUUGAAUGGACACGCGGUACCCAACCCAUGUUGCCCGGGAAGUAUGUGGGGUCGGGUUGGACAUAUGAGUUCAUCUUCAACACAGCUUAAUGGCUUUGGAAGAGACUUUGCCAGCAGUGGUCAUAUGUUUACUGAACAGCUGUGUCUGGCCGAUUCUGACGGGGACGGUGUUCGGAAUGGUCAGGAACUGGGUCUGGUCACCAACAGAUACACCCUCCAGACUCUCUGUAGCUUUCUCUCCCAGUAUAACAUGAAUCCUCGAGUCCUCUCCUUCCUUCGAUUGAGAGGAAUUCUUAGAAACCCCUCCAGUCAUCCAGGUAUCUGUGAUCAAAGAGGACAAUUUUCUACGUGUCAACCCCCUCCUAAUUGUGGAUGUUAACGUGUUAUUACCACGUGGUUUAGGAGGAGAAAGAACAGACUGAUCCUUUAUGUAAUGGUUGUACAUGCAUGUAUAUAUAAAACAGGGUACCGUGUUA